UCGCAGUGUGUCCAGGACAUAGCAGGGUCAGAUACUAUUGAAAUAAUGGAUGUAACAAUCAAGGUCCUCCUGCUCCUCGGCGCUGCCGCUUGUGUCACCUCGGAGAACCGCUAUGGUCAACGUGCAGCAGCGGGAGGAGGCUUUGCUGGCCCUGUGUUCACUGGAGGCGCAGGAGGCGGAGGUGGCGCUGGAGGCCCUUCAUUCCCGCCUCAGCCAUAUAGCUUCGGCUAUGACAGCACGGACGAGUUUGGCACCCAGCUCUUCCACAAGGAACAAGGCGACGCCGGCAACGCUAAGACCGGUUCGUACGGCUACCGCGACGCCAACGGCCUAUUCCGGACUGUGACGUACGUGGCUGACGCGAAUGGUUUCCGUGCUACCGUGGACACUAACGAGCCCGGCACCGCCCCUGGAGCCAGCGCAGAUGCCGUGUUCAACGCGAAGCCUGUCGCCGCACCUGCCGUGGCACCCGGAGCAGGAAAAGUGACACCCGGUCGCUACGUCGGAGCCAGACCUGGUGGCGCAUAUGGCGCCGCUGGUGCCGCUGGUGGACCUUGGGCCGGCUAGCACUUAUGAAUAGUCACCCGUUAUUUAUCGGACUCCAGAAAGUGAGGAAAAAUAAUGAAUACGAAUGUGCAAUUGUACUUGUGAAA